AUCAACAUGUUAUACCAUCACCACAGACUGUUAACAUGGUGUCCGCUGUAUCUGGGCCAUCACAUUUACCUCUAAUGGAUGAAAACAGAAAUGUGUCUAUGUUUUCAUCAUCACCUGUAUCAUCUACUCCAUUAUCCUCAUCACUGUCAUCAUCACCUCCACCUCCUUCCACUGUGUCAUCAUCUGUACUGUCUCUUUUUACUUCCCCUGAGUGGAUGCACAAAGCUGCGUCAUCUCAACGUCAGAUGACUCUCUCCGGGGCUAUCUCACAAACAAAAGCAAUAACUUUUGCACGACCAGGGUCUCCGAGUUGGACAGACAGUCUAGAAGAUUCACGACCCACAGCUGUUACUCAUGGACUGCAAAGUGCAUCAACAGCACCAUCAAGCAUUGCCCUCAGUGAAAUAGUGACUGAAUCCAGCACUGAACAAAGCAAUAAAGCAUUUUAUUCAUCAGCAGAUGCAAUCAAUGGAGCUAGUGAAACAACCAAAAAGGAUUCAAGUAUGAAAGAAACCGAGACACCUGCAAAUAACACACUUUCAUCCAACUCUAACCUUCAGAUAUUGCCUUCAAGGAUUUCCUAUGGAGAUAUUCAGACCCAGAGUCCAGCUACGGAGUCUUUAUUGGCUAAUAAUCAUGAAACAAGCACCUCAUUUCCCUCUAAUCAAGAGAGUCAGGUUGUUCAAAGGCAGCAGGGAGCCUCACAAAAUCCCACAUCAGUGCUGCUGUCUUCCCAUCCUAAAGGCUAUUCAGUUUCUAGUCAUGUCACAGAGCAGAUGUUGAAUCGAACAGCCCGCACUGAAGAUGAGGCAGCAGUAGUCAGCCAGACGUCUGUUCACAAAAGCGUAGGAAAAGCAAUUAUGUCACCUUUUCAUUCACAUGCGGUAAAUCCAACUGUAACAACAACAAUGUUCAGCACCUCAGGAUCAUUUUUUACAGUUUCCUCAGCAACUCCACCUGGUAAAACCUCUCUGUCUAAAGCAGCAAUCACUACGCCAACUCCCAUCCACUCUGGCAUGGGGUCCUUGGAGCAUGCAUCUAAUCCUGAUGAUUUACUGAUGGCAGCAGGUCACAGCAGCCCUAGAGCUCCCACCAUCAAUAUAAAUUACAACCAAGGAGAGAUAGCAGGACCUGAGUUCACAUCUAUUUCCUCUCAGGCUUACCUGAAUAACUCACUUUUCCUCACACAGCCCAGGCCUGUACAGUCUACCUCUGGUUCCUUUCUGAGUUUGAUCACCCAAGCAGGAAAAACCUCCUCAUUAUCAGUAUCAGAAACAGUUCAUAUGCCAAGCAAUGGAGUCAUAAAUGAUCGGGAAUUUGUAAUACAAACAGCAUUUCCCAAGUCUGUCAUUCAGGAAGGUAGAGAACACACAACAUUGAAAAAGAUCUUUUCUUCCCACACCAGGACAGUGUCUCUUUCUAGCUCAGCUUUGCCACUUAAGUCAGCCAGUCUAACUUUGUCUCCAAAUAAAUCUGACCUGACAGUAUCUUCGGCUAAAGCCUCAGCCAGUAUAAAAUUUGAGAGACAUGACCACAGUAUCCCUGCCACGGGUGUUUACAUGACAGAAAGAAGCAAUGCAGCUGACAGCUUACACAGAAAUACUGCAAAGAGUUCUGUCUCUCCUUUAUUUAACAUAAAUCAAGAGACUACUCCUUUUAAAGACACUGCAUUUUAUAAAAAGGUUGUUUCAUCAGGACAGUUCACAACAAAAUAUCCACCGUUCAUGACAACAAAAGAUGUCCUUAUUUUUCAUCAAGGUUCUGAAGAUUCUGGCAAAACACCUCCUACAAAAACUUCCUUUUCCCCACAUGUGCUUAAUGCUACGUCAGAACCUUUAAAAAGUCGUCCUCGUAAAGACAAUGUGACAGUCAUGGGUCGUUACGAGCAGUCGUCUUCUUCCUCCUGGUCAGAAAUCAACCUUACGCUGAGGACAAACUCUACAACUCGCUCUCAGGGUCCAAUCAUCCAUUCGAGUAGUGAUAAAUCACAUUUUUAUUUAGGGAGAAAAACAACCAUUUUCUUUUCUGCUUCCUCUGCAGCAGCUACUUCUUCCAGUGAUGGACAACACCGCACUGCUAUUUUCAGUUUUGGCCCACAACCACUGGCACAAUACACAAAGUGGAAAACCAACAAGCCUGUGCCUUUUCAAACCAGUGCCUUUAAAUCAGAAAAUACAUCUGUUGGCUCUGAUAGGCCACACUCUAAUCUGCAGACAGAUGGCCCAUCAUAUGAACACCCAAAACUGGAAGAUGAACAAGAGUCUAAUGUGAAUAUUUUAAAUAGAGCUCAUCCAACAGCAUCCGCCGCUGAUCCUUAUUCUUUUCAUCCAUCAGAAACAGAGCAUUACGAUGGAGAUUAUGGAUCCUUUACACAUGUUAAAGACACACUAGUAUCGAAAGAACAAAGUGACAAUUUGUCCUCAGCUGAUCCCAGAUCUGCUGCGGCUGUCAGUGCCACAUUGAAUGUUCUUGCUUCAUCAGAUUCACCUACUGACUCAGUAACAUCUUCAAAGACCGCUUCUCCCGCUCUGUCGUAUAAUAGUAAGCCUCCUGUAUCUGAUGUUAGCUCUGUUGGAUUUGUGUCUGAUACUGCUGUCACACACAACUCUCCUCCCAGUUUCUCUCACACUGAUAAUAUCAACAACAAAACUGAGUCGAACCUGAAGGGGCUACCGUUACCAUCAGAGCUGGUUUCAUCACCUUUUCCACUUCGCUCAUCUUCAUUAACAUUGUCCUCAUCUUCGUUAUCAUCAUCAUCAGAGUUCGCUCUGCUAUAUUUAAGUAGCGUCACGGCAUCUGGAUCCUCGUUGCAUAUGAAACGCACAAAUUCAUUACCUCCUCAAGCUUCCUCAGUGUUAUUUAUAUCAUCAUCAUCAUCAUCAUCAUCAUCAUCAUCAUCAUCAUCAUCAACAUUAAACUUAGAUGGUUCAGUGUUAUCAACCAAACCAACUGUGUAUCCAAGCACUGCAUCUUCAUCUGUCUCUCUUAAAAGGACAUCACCCAAGUCCUCACCCCCAUCACCCAGUCUGACCUCAUCAGUAGAUUCUGAUGCUUCACAUCGAGUCACUGAGACUUUUGUUGUCCUUACAGAGACAGGGAAGGAUGAGUUAACCGCUGGAACAUCCAGAGCAGUUGCUUUCCCCAAAGAAAAAGAGGCCGGUCUAGCACCCUCUCAAUCAGUCAGGAUAACCCUUUCUGCUGAGCCCACUGAGAGGACACCUCAGGUAUCACCUCUGACCCCUCGACUGGACACCACAACAGCCUCUGUGAAGCUCACCACCACGACAUCAGCUUCAAACACCAAGCCUAAAAGCCCCACCACUACCACGCCCUCCCUAGGAGUCACCACUGGAACCAAGCAGACUAGUACCACCACUACCACACCACAGCCCACACCUGCAACCAGGAGGACCACAACCACCACAACCACCCGGACUCAGACCAGUAGGAGAACAGUCACUCCAUCUGUGCUGAGAACAAGUCCACCCCGAGCAGCCACCACCCACUUCAUCUCCCCGUUCACCACCACCACAGAAUCCCCACCACAACAGUGCAACAUCACAGAGAGGAUGUGGGUGAGGACAGUUGUCUCCAUCUAUGUAAGACGGAACCGGCUGGACAGCAUCCAACGGCAGAACUUGCGCAGAGGACUAAGUCAAGGCCUUCGGAAAGCUCUGAACGACAGCUUUGCACAGGCACAGGUGGAGACUGUGUUUGGUUCUCCCAACAUGACAGUGGCUUAUCACGUGACUGGAGCGGACAUGGUUUACCCGCCGUCUGUAGUGCAGGAAGGCUUGAACUCCUACGGCCGUGAUAAGCUGAUUGCAGACCUGCGACAGUACCUCCCCAUGGUUACAGCCCUGCCCCUCGCAGUUGCGUUGUGGAGACCCAGCCCAGCCACCGGCUUCCAGCUGAAAACAGUGCUGCAGUUUGUGGGAACAGGUGAUGAUCCUCGGUCAUGUCGGUUCUCUCAAAUGAUGGAGCAGAGGCUGGAGAAAGUGUUUUCUGAAGCACAAGCUAAAGUGUUCAACACCAACGGCAAACUAGCUGUUCAGAUGCUGAGUGUCUCCCAGGCAGCAGGCUCCCCAGCUGUGUCAUUGGUCUACUCUGUGAAGAAUGGGACUGUCUUUCUUAAUGGCACCACUGCCUCAAAUCUCCUUGGUCAGCUGUCAGCUGAGCUGGUGGGCUACUUCCUCUUCUACCCACCACUUAUCAUUGCUGAGCCGAUGGAGUAUCACAAUCUGAACACCUCCAUUGGUACCAGAGACUUCUGGGUUAUCACAGUGAUCCAGGAUGUGGAUAACACCAGCCUGGAGGGACAGUACCAGAGCUUUGCCAGUCUAAUGGAGCAGCGGCUGGCUGAGUUGUUUGUGUUGGCAGGCCAGCAGGGCACUCGAUUCAGACGAGCCACUACUGUAGGCAGCUACACUGUCCAGAUGGUGAGCAUCCGUAGGGUGUCAGGAUUAAAGAAUCCAGCAGAGAUGACUUACUAUGUUCAACACAAUGGCCUCCCUUUAUCGGGUACAUCUGCGGCCAAGGUCCUGAACACGGUGGAUUCGCAGACAAUGGCUCUCACACUGGGAUACUUUGUCCAGCUGCAGGCAGAACCUGUGGUCAAGAACCCUCCUAAUAACCUUUGGAUAAUUGCUGCAGUGCUGGCUCCCAUCGCUGUUGUAACACUCAUUAUUAUCAUUAUCACAGCGGUGUUGUGCCGGAAGAAUAAAAAUGACUUUAAAGCUGAUGCCAUCGGCAACCUCAACCCCAGAGCAAAGAUGGCGUAUCGAAGAGAUGUGGGCUACUAUCACCAGCCGGUCCAGGGUUUUGACUACGCCAAGCAACACCUUGGCCAACAAGGAGGAGAUGAGGAGACCCUGCCUGUCAGUCAGGAUACCUUAGUGAUGUCGCUACAAAUUAGGGACACGCCGCUGUCACUGGAAAAAGCCUUGCAGCAAGAUGGAACUGCAAAUAAGAAGACCCUCACCUCUGACAAACAUAAAAGCAAGUUGCCGAGCGAGGACGGUUCCGUCAUCAGCAACGAAUCAGAGAAGCUGAAUUCCGGCAGGGGCCUGACAGCACCGAAAGUCACAGCACAGCAGAAACUGACAAAGGAGGAGUCGCGCAAGAGGGACGAUCCAUAUGACACCUCCUCUGGCUCCCUGCAGCUCAUUUCCAUAAAGCCAAUGGUGGCUCAGCCCAACUACUCACACCCCGCAUCUUCUGAUCGCAGCCAAGACUCAGCUAUCGUCAACGGAGAGGUGAACAUGGCUCUGAAGCAGAAAUCAGACAUUGAACACUACAGAAACAAGCUGAGGCUGAAGGCCAAGAGGAAGGGCUAUUACGACUUCCCUUCCACCGACGGCAGCAGUAGCGGUCGGGCCCUUUCGCAGAGACAGCGCCACAGCCAUGAGAGGGCAGCCGGUGAGCCCGAUGAUGAGCGAGGUUCCACUUAUGUCAAGUCUCACAGGAGGCACUCCCAGGUUGGACAGACGGCCUAUCGCAGCAGACAGAGCCUGAGCAGCCCCAGCCCCGGAGGAACAGAAAUGGACCUGCUUGUGAUGAGAGAGAGACCAAGGAGAGGCAUCCGCAACAGUGGCUAUGAUACGGAGCCUGAGUUGAUUGAGGAGACGAAUGUUGACCGCCUCAUCGGGCCUCGGGGGUACAUGUACGGCCGGGGUCUGAAAGGCCACUCAGAGACAUCCACUCUGAGCUCACAGCCGUCCAUUGAUGAAGUACGACAGCAAAUGCACCUGCUGCUGGAGGAGGCAUUCAGCCUGGCUUCUGGGGGGCAGUCUACAUCCGGAAGGCACUCCCACCACCACCACCACCAGCCCCCACCUGGUCACUACAGCCCUGCGCCGCCUCCCCUCCCCUAUGCAGAUGUGGUGACCAGUGCUCCGGGCACAAUGAGCUGUGGACGGGGAGGCCUGCAGUGGGUACCAUCUUAUGGUGCUGAUGUGUAUCAGUGCAGCCUGCCUAAACCAGCCUUUCGCUUCACCCAGCUCCCUGAAAUGGCCAUGGGUUCUCCUCCGCCUUUACCACCACGGACUGGACCUCCUCCUGGGACCUCCUUAAGACGUUCCACUUCAGACUUGGGGCCUAAGGGAAGGAGCUCUGAGACAUCUGUCACUGGAAUGCAGAGUCAACAUGAGAACAACCCAUAUGGGCCAACAACUAGAGCAGCACUUCCAUCUAUCACUGCAGAGCAGCCUGUGUCCAACUACUCAGGAAACCCAAUAACAGCUGUCUACGCCAUCCCAGCCAGCAGAUCCGGUUACUCAGAAUACUUCGUCUCCACACCGCCCACCUCCUACCACAGUCCCUCCUGGAUGUCCUAUCCUCCUGAGCCUGAGGAUGUGCCGCCACAGUGGGCAGACUCUGUACCCCUGCCCGGGUAUGUAGAAGCUUUUCCUCAUCCUCGUUACCCCCAGGGGAGUCCCAUGAGGCUCCCCCUGCAGUACAACCCGGCACUGGAGCAGCCACCCUCGGCCCCCAGCACAGCAUCCCAGCAGAGCCUGCCCCAGGUGGUGAAGGACAUGGACAGCAUGCCCCUGAGCAGCCUCUCCACCUCUGCACUGGUGCAGGCGAUUCGGCAAGAGGUGGCUAAGCUCGCCAAGAAGCAGAAUGACAUAUUUGAGUUCUAGGUGUAAUUCUGCCCCCUUGUGUGCAGGAAAUGUAUAGUCAGCCGUUGGUCUUUAACAGCAGCACACAGAGGUGGUACUCCUUCGGACUGAUUUUUUAUGUUUGUAUGGUUAAACAGACAGAUCUUCUUUAACCACUGAUUACCCACUGAUUUAUUUUUUCAUUUCUCACAUCAAUCAGUGUUUUUCAACUCCUGACUUAACAGAAACAGAAAAAAAAUUAUAGGUUUUUUGAAAAAGAAAAUAUUAUCCUCCACAACUGACGAUGUCCCAAGUAACUAUGUGCAUCUCUUAUUUGUAGAUAUGUCGAUAGGAUACGCGAAAUAUGGAAAACAUUGUUUUUUUCCCCAAGAUUAGACAUUUUUUGUGAAUCAGCAUAGUUUGAGAAAAGAGGAAAAGCGUUAUUUUGUCUGUACUGAGAGGACCAAAUUCUUCCUGUCAGAUGGUUAGUUUUAGACCACAGUGUAUAUGAGCAUGUACAGUAAGGACAUCAUGUAGCUAUUUUUAUUAAAUAACAGCUUCAAAAAUUGGCAGCAUUAAAAUCAGUUCAGUAAAGCGUCACAGUAUCAUACAACAUCCAAGAUACAUGAUGAAUAUCCAAAAUGUCCACUGUGUGUUUCAUUAACACCACGGCAGUAACAACAUGCACCACUAUGACCUCUGAUUUUUAGAACUUUUUUGCGUAAAUGCACUAUAUUUCUAUCUUCCAUUUUCAUUGAUGAUUACCUUUGCCUUGUUCUUUAUGCAUCUGAAACAGUGGAAAGCAUUUAUCUUUGCAAUAUUUGUUACCCUGUGCAACAGCAAAACAAGGUUUUAUCAGUCAUGUCCAUUUGUUUGUGUGACCAGCAUUACUCAUGAACAGAUGCAUCUUUAACAGUAAACCUGGAUCAUCAUAGGCCUACCUAUAUUUAUUCUACAUUAGAUUUUGGUGCAGCUAGUUUAAGAAUUAAUGAGAAUUUACAAUGACAAAUGAAUAAUUGUCUUUUAACAGAUGUUUUGGUUUUUUUUUUUUUUUUUGCAGGGAUUGCAUCCCCUUUUGGAUGCAGCUCACUUGCAUUAACAUAUCAUUUAUUUGAACAAUAAUGAGUAAACAUGAUAUUACUGAACCCGAGGAACCACAAGUAUGAAACAGCUCCUCUAAACAUCUACGAACCUCGACUUGAGUAUUUGUUUCUCUUGAAGAAUUACAAAACACUUAAGCUAAAAUGUUUAAUCUCAAUAUGUGCACUGACAACUGAGUCCAAUGGUUUAAACAUGAACAUUUUUCACGCACAUUCAACCUCAAAGCCUUUGCAACAUAACCAUGUGUACCGCUGCUUUGCUCUGCUAGUGGCAGACUUUCAUGAAAAUGAGUUAGCAGACCUUAAGUUAUUGGAAUAGUCUCAGUGGGCUCACUGCAUGAAUAAAAUAAAAGUUUCAUGUGGACAUAUGACCUGACGAGACUACAUCAAUGCUGUUGUUUUUAUAGGUGUGUGAACUCUGAUGUUUUUUUUGGAACAUUUCAAACUCUACUCAGAUCGACUGUGUAGUACAUGACCUGUGUACAAGGCCUCCCUCAUAAAACAAUUAGUCUAGUUAAUAUUGUAAACACUACCCUGAGAAUAUCACUGAGCUUCUAAAGUCUGAGGUGUAUAAAAACUGAAGUACAAGGUUACUACAGAAUAGCUUAUAAAUGCCUUCUUUACAUAUUUUUUUGUUUAAAUUAAAAGCUAUGAAACACAAGUCAUGAGGUGAUUUCACUAAACCCUUUAGUCACUAUUUUGAAACAUAUCAUCUGCUACUUAAAUCUCAAUCAUUCAAUCAUCACGUCCAAGUGUGUCAACAUAUUUUAUUACUUUUUUAACGUCAGGCUAAGACAUUGAGUCAAAUCAUGGCACAAUACAAUGCACUCAGCUAUGUAACUGCAUAAUACGACAUAUAAAGUCUGUCAGUCAUCGUCCUCAAACAAAGAUUCAUACUCAUAUUUCACUGUGGCAUAAAAGCCAUCAAUAGGUUAUGAUGAGCCCACUCUUAGUGCAGAACAGCUGGCCUGAAAUGAAAAGCUGAAUUGAUUAGAAGCGAGUACAUGUAGGUUUAUGGCAGGUGUGUUGCAAUGCAUUUUGCAUAAACAUGCAAAAGCUCUAGAUCGCCUACUUUAACUAUAUUAUUGCAAAUCAUACGGAAUGCUUUGCUGAUUAUAAUAAUCAAUGCUGUCAUAAGAGAGUUGUCAGAUGUGACACAUGAAGAAAUGCCUUUAAACCAUUUUUUCCUUUUCUAGUGUUGCUAUUAAAGCAGUCUUCAAAUAAAUUAAGUUUUUUGCAUUAUGACUUUUCAACAAAUCCUCCCACUCUUCUAAGAAAUGCUUUUUUAUACUCAUGCCUGUUGGUGUGUAAGUAGGUAUAAGAAUAACCUGUGUCUUUUUGUUGCUUGUUUCUUCAGGAUUCAUUUGACUCAUUCAUCAUCGGAGCACUUAAUGUCUUAAGAGCUGUAAAGAUUACAGUAAAACCAUUUUGUGUAUAACAGAAUUGAACACAUGUCCACAUUCAAUUCCGGAUAACUAAAAAAAAAAAAAAAAAAAAAAAAAAAAAACAACAACUAGAUGGUAUAUUGGUUUAGAAAAAUGAAAAAAUAUUUAUUCUA